AUGGAGUCGGUGGAACAUGUGGAUGUGGACGAGGUGUGGAAGACUCUGGACAGGUUCGGACGAUACCAGGUCGUGCAGCUGGUCAUACUACUUGCGUCUGGGAUUCCGAUGGCUUUCCAUAUCCUGUCGAUCGUCUUCAUAGGAAAACACAUAGAUCACAGUUGUAUCUUUCCACCGGACGUAGACGGAUACCACAAUGCAUCUCUCGUCUUGGACUCGUGUAAGAUACAUAUUCUAACAAAUACUUCAACCGGAACUAACAUGGCAGAAUGCCCAGAUGGAUACAACUACACUGGAGACAGAUAUACAUCAUUCGUGGCAGAGUGGGAUCUCGUGUGUGAGAGAGACGCACUGGGCAAACUCUCGCAAACUCUCGUCAUGGUGGGCAUGUUUCUUGGAGCCUUUUUCCUGCCGGCACUCGCCGAUCGCUUCGGCAGAAAACGACUUCACGUCGGCGCCAACUUUCUCUCUCUAGUCGUCGGCGUGGCAAUGGCGUUCGUUCCCAACUUUAUUGGAUUUGCCGUCUUGAGAGUCUUUAUAGGAGUUUUUAAUCAGGGUUAUAUAAUACCAAUGUUCAUCAUGAUGAUCGAACUGUUUCCAGCACAACAGAGAGAGCUUAUAGGAUUUUCAGCCUCCUUUCUGUGGGGGAUAUCUGUCGUCCUCAUCACCCCCAUCGCCUACUUUAUGCAGAACUACAGCUGGCGCAGCAUGCAGUUCAUCUUUGGAAUAUUUUCCGCAAUCAGCAUUGUCGAAUUUUUGCAUUAG